AUUCAUUUAUAGCGCCAAUAUGUCCUCUCCUGUGCCUUCUUUUGACUCCCUUGACAAGAUCUACGAUCCUACCGCUGUUCCUAAGCAAGAUAAGAGGUACAAGCAUCUUAUUGCCGAAUUUGAAAAGGUUCAUGGGCGUAAGGUCGAAUUCAUCGUCCGUUCUCCUGGACGUGUCAACUUGAUCGGUGAACACAUUGAUUAUUGCGGUUUUGGUGUCUUGCCUAUGGCCAUUGAACGUGAUGUGAUUAUUGCCGGUGCUGUUACUGAUGAUGAUACCAAGGUUCGCAUUGCUAAUAUCAACCCUACCAAAUACUCCGCUAGAGAAUUCGAAUAUGAAGGCAAAGAAAAGGUUGUUACUAUCGAUUCCUCUGAAUUGGAAUGGUCCAACUAUUUUAAGUGUGGAUAUAAGGGUAUGCUCGAGAAAUUCCAACUUGAUAAGCCCAAGGGUCUUUAUUUGCUUGUUGAUGGUACUGUUCCUGCUGGUGGUGGUCUCUCUUCUUCUGCUGCCUUUGUCUGUGCUUCUGCAUUAGCUGUCGUUACUGCUAACAAGUUGUCUAUUUCAAAGACCGAGCUCACUGAGAUCGCCAUUGUUGCUGAACGUAAUGUCGGUGUUAACUCAGGUGGUAUGGAUCAAAGUGCCUCUGUUUUGUCCGAAAAAGAUUUCGCUCUUCGUGUUGAGUUUGCACCCAAGUUACACACUUCCCCUGUUCCUUUGCCUACUACAAACCCUAAAUUGGCAUUCAUUAUUGCCAACACCUUGGUUACUGCUGACAAGUUUGUUACUGCUCCUCGCAACUACAAUCUUCGUGUGGUCGAAACUCGUAUGGCUGCUCUUUUCCUUGCCAAGACACUCAAUUUGCCUCCUGUUGAUAGUCUUAAAGAAGUCUAUGAUCUCUACUACAAGGACUCCUCUCUCAAUGAAGUAGAGAGAUUUACUGAUCUCCUCGACAAGGCUCUCAAACAUUUCCCUGAAGACAAAACUAAUGGUAAUGGCUAUACACUUGAAGAAGUCUCUGACAUGGUUGGCAUGCCCGUCAAGGAAAUUCAAGACAAGUACAUGACUCGCUUCCCUGUUGUCACAGACUACUACCGCCUCGCUCAAAGAACAAAGCAUGUUCUGUCUGAAGCUUCUCGUGUGAUUGAGUUCCACAAGGCCUGUGAAUCCAGCGAAGGUGACUCUACAUUGAAGCACUUGGGUGAUCUUAUGAAUGCUUCUCAAGAAUCUUGCGACAAGUUGUUUAUGUGUUCUUGUCCUGAAAUCAAUGAUGUCUGUGACAUCGCUCGUAAGAAUGGCGCCUUUGGUUCUCGUUUGAGUGGUGCUGGUUGGGGUGGAAGUACUGUCCAUUUGACGACUGAGGAUAAGGUUGCUCAGCUUGUUGAAGCUAUCAAAAACGAAUUUUAUCGUAAGGUUUAUCCUGAUAUCACUGAAGAACAAUUGAAUGAUGCUAUCAUUGCUACCAAGCCUUGUAGUGGUGCUGCUAUCUAUACUGGUUUCUAAACAUCUUCUCUUUUUUUUUGUAUUAUAUCUCUCUUGUUAAAUAUGUGUACACCAAUA